AUGACACAGAAAGGAGUUCAGCUGGAGCGGGAAACCUUCUCUUGUUCCAUCUGUCUGGAUCUACUGAAGGAUCCGGUGACGACUCACACAGAGGAUCACAACCAGUUUCUGCACAGUUACCCCUCACUGUCAGCCCUCAGUGAACCUACACACUCCUCCAGCAUCAACAUCCGUCCUCUGAGCUACUUUGAGGACGUGACGGCGGCCCUGUCAGCAGUCAGAGACAAACUACAGGACGUCCUCAGAGAAGAAUGGACAAACGUCUCACCAACUGAAGUGGAUGUUUUACUGUCAGAAGCAGAGCCCACCACCAGAGCUGGGUGCUUCAAAUAUUCACAGGAGAUCACUCUGGAUCCAAACACAGCACACACACGGCUGGUAUUAUCUGAGGGGAGCAGAAAAGCAACAUACAUGAAACCACAAAAGUCUUAUUCUAGUCACCCAGACAGAUUAACUUUAUAUCCUCAGGUCCUGAGUAGAGAGAGUCUGACUGGACGUUGUUACUGGGAGGUGGAAUGGAGAGGGGCAGAAGUUGAAGUAGCAGUCGCAUACAAGAAUAUCAGCAGAGUAGGGGGUCCUCGGUCCUUCAGAGUAGGAGUGUACCUGGAUCACAGAGCAGGUAUUCUGUCCUUCGACAGCAUCUCUGAAACCAUGACUCUCCUCCACAGAGUCCAGACCAUAUUCACUCAGCCUCUACAUGCUGGAGUUGGGCUUUAUUAUCCUAAUGGAACCACAGCUGAGUUGGUGUAG